CCUCAAGGCCACAUGAUGUCUUUGCCUUUCUAUCAGAAGUCUCAUCAGCACUAUGAUCUCAGCUACCGCAACAAGGACCUACGCACUACCAUGAGCCACUACCAGCAGGAGAAGAAGCGAUCUGCCAUCUACACCCAUGGCUCCACAGCCUACAGCAGCCGCUCCUCUGCGGCACACCGCCAGGAAUCAGAGGCCUCUAGCCAGGUGUCUGCUUCCUCCUACCAGCAGCAGGCCUCUCAGGCCUACAGUCUUGGGGCCACACAAUACUCUGGUUCUGAAGUCAGUCGGAAGGCAGCUUCAGCCUAUGAUUAUGGCUACUCUCACGGACUUACAGAUACCAGUCUGCUGUUGGAAGAUUACUCAUCCAAGUUGAGCCCUAAAAUAAAGAGAGCCAAGCACAGCCUUCUGUCUGGAGAGGAGAAAGAAAACUUAGCAAGCAACUACAUGGUGCCUAUAUUCUCUGGACGUCAAGUGCAUGUCAGUGGAAUUACAGAUACAGAAGAAGAAAGAAUUAAAGAAGCUGCUGCUUACAUAGCCCAGAGGAAUCUUCUUGCUAGUGAGGAAGGACUUAUGACCUCCAAACAAUCUACAACAUCCAAGCAGUCCAAGGUCUCCAAGCAGGCCACAUCCACCUUUCAACAGGAAGAAACUUUUGAAAAGAAGUCAAGGAAAGUUGCAGUGCGAGAAAAGGCAGAACAGCUCUCACUGAGAAAAACAUUAGAGGAAACCCAGGCAUAUCAUGGAAAACUGAAUGAAGACCAUCUUCUGCAUGCUCCUGAGUUUAUCAUUAAACCUCGUUCACACACAGUUUGGGAAAAAGAGAAUGUAAAAAUACAUUGUUCUGUAGCAGGCUGGCCAGAGCCUCACCUCACAUGGUAUAAAAAUCAAGUGCCAAUAAAUGUGCAUGCGAACCCUGGGAAGUAUAUUAUUGGAAGUCGAUAUGGAAUGCACACUCUGGAGAUUAACGAAUGUGACUUUGAAGACACAGCUCAGUACCGGGCAUCGGCGAUGAAUGUUAAAGGAGAGCUUUCAGCCUAUGCUUCAGUUGUGGUAAAGAGAUAUAAGGGAGAGUUUGAUGAGACUCGCUUCCAUGCUGGCGCUUCCACCAUGCCUCUCAGCUUUGCUGUGACCCCUUAUGGUUAUGCAUCCAAGUUUGACAUCCACUUUGAUGAUAAGUUUGAUGUGUCUUUUGGGAGAGAGGGAGAGACGAUGAGUCUGGGCUGCCGGGUAGUGAUCACUCCUGAAAUUAAGCAUUUCCAGCCAGAGGUCCAGUGGUACAGAAAUGGGGCACCUGUUUCUCCAUCAAAAUGGGUGCAACUAUAUUGGAGUGGAGAUCGGGCAACACUGACAUUUUCUCAUCUCAACAAAGAAGAUGAAGGCCUUUAUACCAUCCGUGUUCGAAUGGGAGAAUACUAUGAGCAAUACAGCGCUUAUGUCUUUGUUCGAGAUGCUGAUGCAGAGAUUGAAGGAGCCCCUGCUGCACCCCUGGAUGUGAUGUGCUUGGAUGCCAACAAGGAUUACAUCAUCAUCUCUUGGAAGCAGCCAGCUGUGGAUGGAGGGAGCCCUAUUCUGGGAUAUUUUAUUGAUAAGUGUGAGGUAGGCACAGAUUGCUGGUCUCAGUGCAAUGACACACCUGUGAAGUUUGCUCGCUUUCCAGUCACUGGAUUGAUAGAAGGUCGUUCAUACAUAUUCCGAGUUCGAGCUGUGAAUGAAGCUGGAAUAGGUCUACCAUCUCGAGUCUCUGAGCCUGUGGCUGCUCUGGACCCAGCUGAGAAAGCUAGACUUAAAAGUCGCCCUUCAGCACCCUGGACUGGACAGAUCAUUGUCACUGAAGAGGAACCUACGGAGGGAAUUGUUCCUGGUCCCCCCACAGACCUCUCUGUCACUGAGGCCACUCGGAGCUAUGUAGUGCUAAGCUGGAAGCCGCCCGGCCAACGUGGCCAUGAAGGCAUUAUGUACUUUGUGGAAAAGUGUGACGCAGGGACAGAAAACUGGCAGCGAGUGAACACAGAGCUCCCCGUAAAGUCUCCUCGCUUUGCUCUGUUCGACCUGGCUGAAGGAAAAUCCUACUGCUUUCGUGUCCGCUGUUCUAAUUCAGCGGGAGUUGGUGAACCGUCAGAGCCAACGGAAGUGACCGUGGUAGGGGACAAACUUGAUAUUCCCAAGGCUCCUGGCAAAAUCAUCCCGAGUCGAAACACUGAUACUUCAGUGGUGGUUUCGUGGGAGGAGUCCAAAGACGUCACUGAACUGGUUGGGUACUACAUUGAGUCCAGUGUAGUUGGCUCUGGAAAGUGGGAGCCUUGUAACAACAACCCAGUAAAGGGCUCACGAUUUACUUGUCAUGGACUGGCUACUGGUCAGAAUUAUAUUUUCCGGGUCAGAGCAGUUAAUGCAGCUGGACUUAGUGAAUAUUCCCAGGAUUCAGAAGCCAUUGAAGUCAAAGCUGCUAUUGCGGCACCAUCCCCACCCUACGACAUCACUUGUCUUGAAAGUUUUCGUGACUCAAUGGUUCUUGGAUGGAAGCAACCAGUUAAGACUGGUGGGGCUGAAAUCACUGGCUAUUAUGUGAACUAUCGUGAGGUAACGGAUGGGAUACCAGGAAAAUGGAGAGAAGCCAACAUCAAGGCUGUCAGUGAUGCAGCAUACAAGAUUAGCGAAUUGAAGGAGAACACGGUAUAUCAGUUCCAAGUGGCAGCCAUGAACAUUGCAGGGUUGGGGGCACCCUCUGCAGUCAGUGAAUGCUUCAAGUGUGAAGAAUGGACCAUUGCUGUUCCAGGACCACCGCAUAGUCUUAAAUACAGUGAAGUCAGGAAGAACUCCCUGGUUCUCCAGUGGAAACCUCCAGUCUACUCUGGGCGGACUCCAGUCACUGGUUACUUUGUAGACUUGAAGGAAACCAGUGCCAAAGACGACCAAUGGCGAGGACUCAAUAAAGCAGCCAUUCAAAACAAAUACCUGAAGGUGGACGGCCUCAAGGAGGGCAUCAGCUAUGUUUUCCGUGUCCGAGCUAUCAACCAGGCAGGUGUUGGGAAGCCUUCUGAUCUUGCUGGCCCUGUUGUGGCAGAAACACGUCCAGGAACCAAAGAGGUGGUUGUAAAUGUGGAUGAUGAUGGAGUUAUUUCAUUGAACUUUGAAUGUGAUCAGAUGACUCCAAAGUCAGAAUUCACUUGGUCCAAAGAUUAUGUAUCUACUGAGGAUUCUGCACGAUUAGAAGUGGAAAGCAAAGGCAACAAGACAAAACUGACUUUCAAAGACCUCGGGACCGAUGACUUAGGCAUUUACUCUUGCGAUGUAACAGACACUGAUGGAAUAGCAUCAAGCUACCUAAUAGAUGAAGCAGAAAUGAAACGUUUGCUUGCUCUCAGCCAGGAACACAAGUUCCCAACUGUUCCAUCUAAAUCAGAGUUGGCAGUUGAAAUUUUGGAGAAAGGUCAGGUCCGGUUUUGGAUGCAGGCUGAGAAGCUGUCAGGCAAUGCCAAAGUUAACUACAUAUUUAAUGAAAAGGAAAUUUUUGAGGGGCCGAAAUACAAGAUGCAUAUUGACCGAAACACUGGCAUAAUUGAAAUGUUCAUGGAAAAGCUACAGGAUGAGGAUGAGGGAACAUAUACUUUCCAGAUUCAAGAUGGAAAAGCAACUGGUCAUUCUACUCUGGUCCUCAUUGGAGAUGUUUAUAAAGAACUCCAGAAAGAAGCAGAAUUCCAGCGGCAAGAAUGGAUCAGGAAGCAAGGUCCACAUUUUGCUGAGUAUUUGAGCUGGGAAGUGACUGGUGAAUGUAAUGUACUAUUGAAAUGCAAGGUGGCAAAUAUUAAGAAGGAAACACAUAUUGUUUGGUAUAAAGAUGAGAGGGAAAUAUCAGUGGAUGAAAAGCAUGACUUUAAGGAUGGCAUCUGCACCCUGCUGAUAACAGAGUUUUCCAAGAAAGAUGCUGGUUUUUAUGAAGUUAUCCUGAAAGAUGACCGAGGAAAAGAUAAGAGCAGAUUGAAGCUUGUAGAUGAAGCCUUCAAAGAACUGAUGACGGAAGUAUGCCGGAAAAUAGCCUUGUCUGCUACUGAUCUGAAAAUCCAAAGCACAGCUGAGGGCAUCCGACUAUACUCUUUUGUUACUUACUACCUGGAUGAUUUGAAAGUGAACUGGUCCCACAAUGGGACUGAUAUUAAGUUCACAGACAGGGUUAAAAGUGGGGUCACUGGGGAGCAGAUCUGGCUACAAAUCAAUGAGCCCACUCCAAAUGAUAAAGGGAAAUAUAUAAUGGAGCUCUUUGAUGGCAAAACUGGGCACCAGAAAACAGUGGAUCUUUCUGGACAAGCAUUUGAUGAAGCAUUUGCCGAAUUCCAGAGGUUAAAACAAGCUGCCAUUGCGGAGAAAAAUCGUGCCCGGGUGUUGGGUGGGCUGCCUGAUGUGGUUACCAUCCAGGAGGGCAAGGCUCUCAAUCUCACAUGCACCGUGUGGGGAGACCCUGCCCCAGAGGUGUCCUGGCUGAAGAAUGAGAAGCCACUGGUCUCAGAUGACCACUGCAACCUCAGGUUCGAGUCUGGGAAGACAGCGUUCUUCACCAUCUCAGGCGUGAGCACUGCUGACUCGGGCAAGUACGGACUGGUGGUGAAGAAUAAGUAUGGCUCCGAGACCAGCGACUUCACUGUCAGUGUGUUCAUCCCGGAGGAGGAGGCCAGGAAGGCCGCAGCCGAGCCCCAGAAAGGCAACAUGAAGUCUAAGUGAAUGGAGACUGGGCAGGUGUUAGUAGAGCCAGGCUGAGCCAGCAGCACCACUUGAGCUGUUCUGUGUGAAUGGUUGAGGCUGAAGAUAAGGAAAUUGUGAUUGAGUUCUCCUUUCUAUUUUGUGCUGGCUUGAAGGAAAAUAUUCCUAUUUGUAAAGCACCAGCUAGUAAGAUGUUCAUAGUUUUUCUUUAUUUACAACUUAUGUGUUGAGAAAAUACCAAUAGUAGAAACAUUAGGAAAUGAUUUGAAGGAAAAGAGCCAAAUCAUGUUGGAGAGAUGUGCCAGAGGGCAGAGGAAUGUGCUGUGGGACAGAGUUUGAACUGAAUGGGUUUUUUUUUUCCAGCAAGUUCUCCAGGACGGUGGUUACAGUUGUGCAUUCUACUAAAUAGAGGCAGCUGUGAUGUCCAUAAGUGUGAUAUGCUUUUACAACAGUGAGGUGCGUGUCUCCUGGCAGCCUCGUGAU